CUGGCUGUGCCAACUUCAAUUUCGGUUUCCAGUUCCUGUUGCAAGUUGCAAUUGCUCUCGAAAACCCUCUCUCCUUUAUUCUCUAAUCUCUACCCAGCUCUCUCCCCCUGUCUUGCUUUCGCCGCCGCCGAUGGCCGCGGCGGAGCCCCGGAAGAAGCCGACGCCCGGCCGGGGUGGGGUGGCGAUCCCGCCGGGCCUCUCCGACGAGGAGGCCCGCGUCCGCGCCAUCGCCGAGAUCGUCUCCGCCAUGGCCGAGCGCUCCCGCCGCGGCGAGACCGUCGACCUCAACGCCCUCAAGUCCGCCGCCUGCCGCAAGUACGGCCUCUCCCGCGCCCCCAAACUCGUCGAGAUGAUUGCCGCCGUCCCCGAGUCCGACCGCGACGCUCUCCUCCCCAAGCUCCGCGCCAAGCCCGUCCGCACCGCCUCCGGCAUCGCCGUCGUCGCCGUCAUGUCCAAGCCCCACCGCUGCCCUCACAUCGCCACCACCGGGAACAUCUGCGUCUAUUGCCCUGGUGGGCCCGAUUCCGAUUUCGAGUACAGUACUCAGUCGUACACCGGCUACGAGCCCACCAGCAUGAGAGCCAUCCGAGCUAGAUAUAACCCAUAUGUCCAAGCUAGAAGCCGUAUAGAUCAACUGAAAAGGCUAGGUCAUAGUGUGGAUAAGGUUGAGUUCAUCCUAAUGGGGGGAACAUUCAUGUCUUUGCCAGCUGAUUAUCGAGAUUACUUUAUAAGAAAUCUUCAUGAUGCUCUAUCAGGACACACUUCUGCAAAUGUUGAGGAGGCUGUCUGUUAUUCGGAGCACAGUGCAAUCAAAUGUAUUGGCAUGACAAUUGAAACGAGACCUGAUUACUGUCUAGGGCCUCAUUUACGUCAGAUGCUGUCAUAUGGUUGUACCCGACUGGAGAUAGGAGUUCAGAGCACAUAUGAAGAUGUUGCUCGUGACACAAACAGAGGUCACACAGUAGCUGCUGUAGCUGAUUGCUUUUGUUUAGCAAAAGAUGCUGGUUUUAAGGUUGUUGCACACAUGAUGCCUGAUCUUCCAAAUGUUGGAGUUGAAAGAGAUUUGGAAAGUUUUCGAGAAUUCUUUGAAAACCCUGCUUUUAGGGCAGAUGGCCUUAAAAUCUACCCAACACUCGUUAUCCGUGGAACUGGUCUUUACGAGUUGUGGAAAACUGGCAGGUAUAGAAAUUACCCACCAGAGCUCUUGGUAGACAUUGUUGCCAGGAUUCUUUCCAUGGUACCACCAUGGACACGUGUUUAUAGAGUCCAAAGGGAUAUUCCUAUGCCCCUCGUUACUUCAGGAGUUGAAAAGGGAAAUCUCCGUGAGCUUGCUUUGGCUCGCAUGGAAGAUUUAGGCUUAAAAUGUCGUGAUGUUAGAACACGUGAAGCUGGGAUUCAGGACAUUCACCAUAAAAUCAAGCCAGAAGAGGUAGAGCUAGUGCGGCGUGACUAUGUAGCAAAUGAGGGUUGGGAGACCUUUCUCUCAUACGAAGAUACACGUCAGGAUAUUCUUGUUGGACUUCUACGCUUGCGUAAAUGUGGCCACAACACAACAUGCCCUGAACUUAUGGGGAGGUGCUCAAUUGUUCGUGAACUUCAUGUAUAUGGAACUGCAGUUCCUGUGCAUGGACGUGAUGCUGACAAACUGCAGCACCAGGGUUAUGGCACACUUCUGAUGGAAGAAGCAGAGAGAAUUGCUAGAAGGGAGCACCGGUCUACAAAAUUAGCUGUAAUUUCAGGUGUUGGGACCCGUCAUUACUACAGAAAAUUGGGCUAUGAACUUGAAGGACCGUACAUGGUGAAAUAUUUAAUGUGACAUGAGUAGGAAACUUAGUGUUCUUUCGCUAGUCCAUGUUGGUUGAGAGACUUCAAAUCAUCUGCAAUUUUGUAAAAACCAUUAGGGUAGCCAUUCUGUAUGUAUGCAUAUACAAAAUUUGGAACACAGUGUGUUAUAAUUUAAAUGCUUUAUCAGAAGUUUCAUAUCUGGUAAUAGUUCAGCUAGGAGAGAUUCCAAACACAGCAAAAAUGUGGAAUUUGUGCCUUUUGAUGGGGCUUAGGACAUGAAAACUUCAGAAAGUAAGAUUUAAAUGGAAAAGAGAAUGUUCUUGCUUUCUGGAUUCCAAGUAA